AUGUCAACUGUUACAUUAACGGUCACUCCAUUUCGGAACGACCAAGAAAUACGAAAUUUAAUCGAUUUGGCUUAUUCAAAUGAUAUUGAUGAUAAACGAGAAGCAAUUAACAAAUUAAAUGAAUUAGAAGCAAGACUUAGCCAAUUACCGAUGGGUCUUGGUUCACUAAAACAUAUCCUUAAAGUAGAAAUAAUCCGAGCCGAACAACGAGAACAGAAUAAAUUCGAUGAGAACAGUUCAUUGCAAUACGCCUGUGCUGUUGCUGUACUCAAAUUCGUCGAUGCUGUUAGUGUACCUUAUCGUGCACAUCAUUCUCGUCUUUCAUAUCGAAAUAUUGCUAAACAGGUGGAUUUACCCGGUAAUAUUAUCAGUUUACGUCAUGACAUUGCCCAUCAUCAUGAAUUACCGUCAUUGAACGAUUUGCUUGCAGCAGUGGAUUUUAGUAAACAAUGGCUUCGAAAAAACUGCCUGGAUGAAUUAGUUGAAACAAUGGCGUUAUUCAGUCAGGGUUCCUAUAGUGAAUUAUUAGGAAUUAUCGCUCGAGAAACAGUUCAAGCUUUUGUCGAAGCACGUUUGAAUUUUUUGACAAAACGAAGUAAAAAACGAUUACGAAUUGUUGACGAACGUGUGGAAGAGAUUCGUAAAGCCUUGCAAAUGUGUAAUGGAAAAGAGAUUAUGGCAGAGACUUUUGUUCUAUGCGGACAUUUUAUCAUGGUACCUAAUCAACUAAAUCGGCUCGGCUAUGAUUCUGAUUCAUCUGAUCUUCUUCCGACGUGUGUUACUCAAUUCUGGAAGCCGAUUCUUCAUUUAAUUUCGAAUGAUACUAGUCUCAUUUUGAUUCUUAUCGAUAAAAUCUUGAUAUUCAUCAGCGAUUAUUAUCGUUUGCCGUCGAAUGAUUAUUCCAUCAUUGAUCAACAACGAAUCGGUUGGAUAUUCUAUUUAAUUGAUCAAUCAGCAACGAAACUUGAUCUUUGUGCACUCUUUCUACGUUUGGCUCGUAUUCUUCAACCAUGGUUUGCUGAUUCUCUUUCUCAAAUGGUUAUUCGUAUGGCUGAUAAUCAUAAUGGAACUCGCAAAGCUGUUAUCAGUGAAGACAAACGUGACGCGCUUCUUCGUACGAUAUCCAUGUUUGCAAAUCCAUUUGAGAAAAUCGAUGAUAAUCAGAUCACGACGUCAUUGUCUAUAGAGUCUUUUCCACGAAAUCGAUUGUAUCAAGAAGAGCUAAACCUGUUCAGAAAGCGUACAAAAUUAGCUGAAGUGCCAGCUGGAUUAGUCGAUAGUGAAGAUGAGCAAAACCUCGAAAUGAAUAUUGAUCUUUCAAAAACAGACCGAAAUUUUCUUGGAUGUCCAUCUAAACAAAAACCAUUGAAUACAUCACCGGUGAAACGCAAAAGGACAAGUUCACCAACCAUCGAUUCGAAACUCUUUCAAGAUCUGCUCUAUCCUCGACAUUCCUAUCGAUAUUAG